AUGGGGCUCUGUACUGAAUCUGCUCUCAGAACUCCAGUUACAGAGCAACUUUUCUUCUUUCCUAGGAAGGCGUUGUCUGGGAAAGUCAACUUGAGUACAUUGAAAAUAGAUCAUCAUGGGCCUUUCAGUAAUAUACGGCGGCUGUCCAACACCAGUCAUCCUGAGCAGAACCCCUACUUCCCCACUGAGUGGACAGUAUAUUGGGAGGAUGGCAGCAUCUGGAAGAAAUACGAGGAGCCCCUCUCGCAUGAUUUCCUUGCUGCCUUUGAAGACUGCACGCAAGAGCAUGUCUUUCAGCUGCGAGGCCACCGCUACACCAUGGACUUCAAGCAGAGUCUAAUAUACAACCAUAAUACAGGAAACAGCCACACUAUCCAGCUCCGGCCCACUUAUCGCUCACCCCUCCAGAUGCUUCCACAGCUGUGGACAAUUCCAAGCAGCCCCUCAGAAAUGCAUUAUUCUCCCACUUCUAACAUCCCUGGAGAAGAUCCUACAGAUGGUUACAAUGGCCCAUAUCCUGCCUACUGGAUCAAGCGUCCAGAAGGCAGUGUCCCAUUUGUGCAGGAAGAGGUGUUGCCAUCAGAAGCAGUGUACCACACCAUUUACACCCUCUUCCACAAGUCUCUCUCAGAGGACAAAGUUCUUCUGCUCUCAGUUCACAGGAUCCGGAAUGACUUUCUCUGGCAAAAAUACUGCAGCCAGAAGGAUUUAAUGUCACAGAGCCUCUCAGCAGAGGAGAAAUUGAGGCUAGAGAAGCACCUCUUCCACAGCACCUCAGCCAAACGCCUGGGGUUUGCCUGCCAGAUAAAGUUUGACACUCAUCUCUCAGGAUCACAUAUGUAUGGCAGAGGUUGCUAUUUCACUGUGCACGCAGACCAGGCUGACCGCUAUGCCCAGGCAGGAAAGGGUGGGCUGCGCCACAUGUUCUUGGCCAAAGUAUUGGUCGGCAAAUGUACACGCGGGAAAAAGCAUUAUUGGCAGCCUCCACAAAUAGAGUCUGGUAGGGAAUGCUUUGACUCAUGUGUGGAUAAUGUGGCCAGUCCAAAUAUUUAUGUGAUCUUCAAUAGCUACCAAUGCUAUCCAUACUUCCUGAUCAGCUACAAACUCUUAUCUGACCCUGUGGUACUAGAUGAUUGA